CUUUUAACUACUGUAUUAUGAAUUAUACAGCAUCAACCAAAACAAUGUAAAUACUUGGCUAGAUGUAAAUUGUUUGGACCAAAAUUGGAGUGGACGUCAUUAUAUUUUUGCUUUACAGCUUUAUAUUGAGGGAAAUUCCAUCUGUGCAUCAGGAGUCAUACUCCUGUCACUGCCUCAGCCACAUGCCACUGCACUGUAAAAGGAUUGCAGGCUGUUAGCUGAUCCCAGCAGCUCAAAAAGCAAUCUUCCACUCCUAACUUCUCCAAACACGGGGCAGAUACUGCUGAUUAAACAGUGAGAUGGAGAGAAGAACAGAAAUGAUAUCUCCACCACCUCCUCCAAAACCUGGCAGGAUCAAGCGAGAGACAGCACCGAUGACCAGAGAAAGAAAGCAUAAAGUGGUUAAGACACCGAAACUCCAGCAGCCACAGAAAGGGAAAGAGAGGAUGAAGGGCAAAGAAGCAGGGGAAGAGCACAGUAAUGAAGAAAAAAAGGAAAUGUCAUCCACCGUGAUCAACGUAGACAGUGUGAGACAGAGGACGAAUAGAGAAAGUGAGGAGUUGCUGGGCCUUUUGGAGAGUGAAUGGCAUGAAGAGGCCUUGAAGCCACAGAGCCUUGGAGUUUGUGAGCUGCUUCUCACUAUUGCAGCUCUCGCUGCAGUAAUAUUUUUCUUUCCCAUAUCAAUUUGGUUCUGUGUAAUGAUCGUGCGAGAGCAUGAGCGUGCUGUGGUGUUCAGACUUGGACACCUGCUACAAAGAAAACCCAGAGGACCAGGGCUGCUCUUUUACCUCCCAUUUUUGGAUGUUUGUCAUAAAGUGGACAUUCGGUUAAAGAUGCUGAAGGUCCCAUCUCACUCGGUGGUAACAAAAGACCUGGUGUGUACAGAGGCAAGUGCAGUGUGCUACUAUCGCAUUGAGAACGUGUCUGUGUGUUACUCAUCGCUAGCAGGAGUCCCGGCUGUGCUGCAGGCUCUGGUUCAGGUGUCAGUCAGGGAGGUUCUGGCCCAUCAUACCUUCUCCAGCAUACUGCAGAACAGGAGUGAAGUUGCUCACCAUAUCCAGGUUGCACUGGAUUCCAUCGCCUGCAGGUGGGGAAUUAAAGUGGAGAAAGCUGACAUAGAGGACCUCUGUCUCCCACCUGAGCUUCAGAAAAACUUUGCUCUUGAGGCAGAAGCAAAGAGACAAGCCCAAAUUAAAGUGAUUGCAGCAGAGGGUGAGAAGGCAGCAUGUGAGGCAUUAAAAGCCUCUAUUGACUCGCUGUCAGACUCUCCUCUGGUCAUCCAGCUGCGCCUUCUCCAGCUCCUCCACACACUGCGCUCUGACCAGCCUGCUGUGCUGCUCAGCCUCCCGUCUAACCUCCUCAACCAGCCACUUCAACUGGCAGAAACAAGCAGCUCCUCAAAUCAAAUCCAGCCAACAGAGGAUAUCUCGGAGGAAACGGCUAAAGACUCCCCAAUGAUGUAGUGAAAGCUCCAUUUAUCAGAGAUUUAUCAUUAGUAUAAAAAUGUUCCACUACAAAAUGUUCUAUAGUUCCUCUGUAAACAGUGUUUACUGAAAGAUCCAACUGAUGGACACAGGGUUCUUACAGGGUUUUAACUCUCAGUGCAAAAACCAUGAGAGAAAGCGUCCAAAUAUACUCCAAAUAUAAUGUUAAAUAAAAAAUAAAAUAUAAAAAAAAAAUAAAAGUAGAAUCAGAAAAAUAGAAUCAGAAAGGUGUGAGCUUGUGGCAUGGAUGUUUGGUUUGAGUAUAUCAAGAAUUGUUACAGUAUCAUCUUGUUUGCACAGGGUCUGCAUGAUUGGCUAACUAGUUGAAUGCAUAAAUAAUCGGUUGUACAGGUGUCAUUAUCUAUAUAGGAAAAAAAAAUAUAAAGACAUUUAAAUAAUGAUCCAAAUAAAUCCACAGGAAAACAAUUAAAAUUCUUUAGUCUACAUUCUGCCCAAUCUAAUGUGGGUUAUAGUAGCGCACAGUUAUGUUAACUUCAGAGUGGAUCAUUGCAAUAUAUGAAUCUUUAUUUAUCUGCAAUAGUGGAUACAACCAUGUACAAUUAGGCAGUGAUUUGGCAGUUUACAAACAUACAGUCAGAAGUUAAAAUUCCACUCAAAGUUCUACUGUAAAUUAAAAUUCGGACAUCAUUCUGGUAGAAAACAAUAGCUUUAUUAUGUACCCAAAUACCUCAUGUACAUUGUGCAUUAAUUCUUCUGAAAUAUAUAUCAGUUUGAUAGUGCCCUUUAAAAACAUUUUAAUGAUUAUAGAAAUUAUUCCUGAAACAUUUUUCCCAAGAAACUGAAGAGUAACUGACAGUGAAAAAUAUUAAAUGUGUUUUUUAUACAAACAUUU